GCCGCUUCCUUUCUCUCUGCGGGCCUGAGCGAGCUGGCAGGUCCGGGCUGAGGGCCGCUGCGAAUCCGCUUCCAUCCUCCGUCUCCAGCGGGAGCUCGAGCCUUCUCAGCCGCCGCCAUGACGGAACAGAUGACCCUGCGUGGUACCCUUAAGGGCCACAACGGCUGGGUAACCCAGAUCGCCACCACCCCGCAGUUCCCGGAUAUGAUCCUCUCCGCCUCGCGCGACAAGACCAUAAUCAUGUGGAAGCUGACCCGGGAUGAAACCAACUAUGGGAUCCCCCAGCGAGCUCUGCGAGGCCACUCCCACUUUGUCAGCGAUGUGGUCAUCUCCUCAGAUGGGCAGUUUGCCCUCUCUGGCUCUUGGGAUGGUACCCUGCGCCUCUGGGACCUUACCACGGGUACCACCACUCGACGUUUUGUGGGCCACACCAAGGAUGUGCUGAGUGUGGCUUUCUCUUCUGACAACCGCCAGAUCGUCUCAGGUUCCAGGGACAAAACCAUCAAGCUCUGGAACACCCUGGGUGUCUGCAAGUACACUGUGCAGGAUGAAAGUCACUCAGAGUGGGUCUCUUGCGUGCGCUUCUCCCCCAACAGCAGCAACCCCAUCAUCGUCUCCUGUGGCUGGGACAAGUUGGUGAAGGUGUGGAACUUGGCUAACUGCAAGCUGAAGACCAACCACAUUGGACACACUGGCUACCUCAACACGGUGACAGUCUCUCCUGAUGGCUCCCUCUGUGCUUCAGGUGGCAAGGAUGGGCAGGCUAUGUUGUGGGAUCUGAACGAAGGCAAGCACCUGUACACACUGGAUGGUGGGGACAUCAUCAAUGCCUUGUGCUUCAGCCCCAACCGCUACUGGUUGUGUGCUGCUACUGGACCCAGCAUCAAGAUAUGGGACCUGGAAGGCAAAAUCAUUGUGGAUGAGCUCAAGCAGGAGGUGAUCAGCACCAGCAGCAAGGCCGAGCCUCCCCAGUGCACUUCAUUGGCUUGGUCUGCAGAUGGACAGACACUGUUUGCUGGCUACACAGAUAACCUGGUCCGCGUCUGGCAAGUCACCAUUGGGACUAGAUGAGAGAGUACAAGUGACUGUCCCAAGGCUCAGGCUAUAAUUAUGUAAAAAAAAUUUCAAUAAAUUUUUCUGUUGCUGAAA